AUGGUCUACUACUUCACCUCCAACGUCGUCGACCCGGCGGGCUUCAUCUACGUCGGUAAGGACAAGUUUGAGAAUGAGGACUUGAUCAAGUUUGGCUGGGAAGAGGAUAUCUGUGCGCAUAUCUACCUUCGUACGCAGGAGGGUCAAGCAUGGGACUCCCUCCCCGAAGAUCUCAUCAUGGAUCUGGCCCAGUUGACCAAGGCCAACUCCAUCGAGGGUACCUCACCCCUUUUCUGCAACAAGAAGGACAAUGUCACAAUCAUCUACACACCCUGGUCCAACCUCAAGAAGGACGGCAGCAUGGAGGUCGGCCAGGUCGGCUUCAAGGACCCACGCAAGGUGAAGCGCAUCCUCGUGCCCCAGCGCGAAAACCCCAUCGUCAACCGCCUCAACAAGACAAAGGUGGAGAAGAAGCCCGAUUUUAAGCAGGAGAAGGAUGAUCGGCUCAAGGAGCUGCGACAGCGUGACCAGGCGGCCUUCUUGAUCAGGAAGAAAGAGGAGGCAAAGCAGGCCCAAGAGUGGAAGGAGAAGAAGUGGCAGAAGGAUCACGCCUAUGACGACCUUUUCACUGAGGAUCAGAUGGCUGGCUCGAGUAACCAGGAACGUGAUGAAAACUGGGAAGACGACUUCAUGUAA